UGUAACAGGAGCUAGGAUAGUUUUAAAAGUCCGGUAAUUUUCUGAAAGUCCAAUUAGCUUUGCAACAAGGUAACGUACAGCCGACCUUUGGAGAUUUGUGAUGUUAUUCGGAGUAGUGCAGCGGAAAAGGUGACUAAACAUUCCUGCUCCGGGGAACGUCACACAGGGGAUGUAACAUGGCAACUGUUUGUGAUCGAAAAGUGUUAUGUCGUUCGAAUAAAAAACCUUCUCAAUUCAACUGAUUAGAGCUCCUUCAGAACUGUCGAUAUUUCGUACGUGAGGACACAGUACUAAAGGCCUACCAAGGUUGAACAUCUCGAUAAUAUUCUUAUAGAUUCUUAGCCAAGUUUUUUUUCAGUUUCUUAUACAAUGUGAAAGGGCAAUCAUUUCAAGAUUCUUUUAAGAAUAAGAUAUUGACAAAGAAUCCUUUGAAAAUCGCGAUUGAAUUUUCGACCAGGGUAUGACUAUAGUUUUAAAAGCGAGAAAACUAUUCAUCAGGCAGUUUAGUUAAUCGCCGAGGAGACGAGUCUGAAAUUUACACUAAGCACUUUGGGCAGUCUAUGAAGGAGCUCCUAUAUGUAUUAUUUCAAAGGAAGUGAUAUAGCUCCCUAUUUCCGACGUGGAAGGUGACAGAAGCCGCGUUGGCGGAUAAAACCCCACCAUUCGUCUUGUGAAUCGCAAACUAAACACGCCAGGUACACUCGUACCAAGCGCACAUCGUCUCUUGUUACACUGCCCUGAAGCAGUUGAUGGAUUCAGAAAGUGAAAUAUUUACUUCAAAGCGGGUUUUACCGUUAGUCUUUCAACUAAUAGGAUUUCAGUAUAAUGUGUUUCGGACUAUAAUAUUCCAUCGACGGGUGCACUAAACGUUGUGUGAGACUGUCCAACAACAGUGUGGAGAGGAACUCUUGAACCCACUUCCCGAAGGAAUUCUGAUAUUUGUAAUUUGCAGAGUUUGUAGAGUGGUAAUACUAAAGGCACCAUGGCCAUAUCGAUAUUCUCUACCCCGCGACAAGCCAUGGCGACACUGGCGAAAUAUUCCCAGGAGCAGGUCGACAGGAUGGUGAAGACCUCGGAGCGCAAGUACGCCGAGACAUUCUGUCCGCUGGGGGUGGGGGCAAGCCUGAAGCGGCCGAAGACAAGAUGGGAGCUACUCCGGCUCUGCGCUGCGGUUGCUGGGAUAGAGUUUGCGUAUGCCGCGGAAACAGCUUUCGUCAGUCCGAUCCUGCUCCGUCUUCAUGUUCCUGUGAUUCUCAUGACUUUUGCCUGGGUCUUGAGCCCACUCCUGGGGUUGGUUUUAAACCCACUGUUAGGGUCCAUGAGCGACAGGUGCCGCGUGAAAAUGGGUCGAAGGCGUCCGUUUAUUCUUGGAUUAACCCUUGGUGUGAUUUUCGGACUGUUUCUAGUGCCAAAUGGACAAGUCAUCGGACAGAAAUUCGGAGAUGACUGUGAUCCAUUUGGAGGUGACAUGAAUUCAUCACUGUCCAAUCAAUCAUUCGAUUUCAUCUCGACCACGGGGCUAUUUCCGAACAUUAGUUUCCCCGCGCCCACCAAUGAGACAAUAAUUUCAGAGGAUCCUUUAUUUAUUUCGAAAGAAAAGCUUUGUACAGCUGGAAUACUGAUCACAAUAAUCGGGGUCAUGAUCUUAGAUUUCAGCUGUGACGCCUCCCAGUCGCCGUGUAGGACGUAUCUACUUGACGUAUGUAUCCCGGAGGAUCACAGUAAGGGCCUGUCUAGCUUCACAGUUAUAUCAGGCAUCGGUGGGUUCUUUGGCUACAUAAUAGGUGGCAUUCAUUGGGGCAGUUACAUUGGGCAGCCGAGUUUCAUGGACCAUGUCCGUAUUGUGUUCGCAGUAGCAGUUUUGUUGCAUCUGGUGUGCGUUUUUUUGACAGUUUCGAGUUUCUCCGAGGUUUCCUUGGACGAGAUUACUGGAAGUGCACAGCGUCACCAAGCGGACGUAAAGAAAGCUGCGGACGGGAAAUACCAUAAAUUUACCAAUGAGGAAGAUUGUGAAGAGUUAGGCGAUUCUACAGUGCAGGGUUCUUUCCAGCUUGAAAAGUACAAUACUGAACCGGAAAAUACUCAAAGACAAGAGAAAAUUGAGAAUUCUUCCGAUUAUGAGGAAGGCAAACAAGAUGCAAAUCACGUAGUCGAUUAUGGAACAUCUCAAUCAAAUAUAGAUGAGACAGAAGGUAAUGUGGGGAAUGGUUAUCAGUCCUUCGGUAAUGAACUCGACGGAAAUAUAGAAAUCGAAGGUCUAAGUCAAGUCGACCAAAGUCGACAGCAAGACAUUUCACUGAAAACAUACCUUUUGUCGAUUCUGUAUCUACCGAAGUCAAUAUUUUGGCUAUGUUUGACUAACUUAUUCUCAUGGAUGGCUAUGCUGUGCUACUCGCUCUAUUUCACAGAUUACGUGGGCCAGGCUGUCUAUGGCGGAGACCCGACGGAGCCGGAAGGUAGUGCCGCCCACGAUGCGUACACCUCUGGUGUACGCUUAGGAUCAUUGGCGAUGUCGCUGUAUUCGCUAUCGUGUUCAGCGUAUUCAUUGGUUAUAGAGAAGCUGGUGAAGAAGUUAGGUGCACGCCCAGUGUACAUCUGUGGCCACCUGAUUGCCUCACUGGGGACGGCCGUCAUGGCGUUUUCAAAUCACCCCGUGGCUGUGAUCAUGUGUUCGCCGACCGUAGGGAUAAUCUACGCCACCCUCUUUACCAUGCCGUACAUUCUACUGGCCCAUUACCAUGACCAAAACGUGUUUGAUGAACUUCUACCAACGAAGACCAAGAAACCAGUUGAGAUUAGAGGACUAGGCACCGACGUGGCAGUCGUCAGCAGCAUGGUGUUUGUGGGUCAAGUGGUCCUCUCAUGCGGCAUGGGUAGUCUCGUGCACGUGACCGGAAGUACCGUCACAAUCGUUUGGAGUUCAGCUGUUCUUAGCCUGAUUGGCUCGCUGGUGGCGUGCAAAGUAAUGUACUUGGACUUGUAGGCUCGGUUAUGUACGACGAAUCGCGUGAAUUCAACGGAUGAUUGCCAAGAGUCGUAUGCCAGGCCAGGCUCUCCGCGAAAGCACAUUGCCGUGGGUUCGGAAUCGGACAGAGAUUAUGCGAUAUGACUCCAAUUGCAUACUUAAAUGAAAACAUGUUAACUACAGUGAAGUAGUACGCGCCCGUCAUACAUAUCCAUCGACAUGUAGGGUACUCUGUAGCAAUGGACAUUGCUUGUGACUGUAAACAAAUAUACAUGUACUGCGUGACCAAGUGUCAUUAUGUUAUUAGCCUCCAAUCAAAUCCUAUUAAAAUCUGGAAGCAUACAUGUAUAUACCUUAAAAUGGCUGCAAGAUCAUGUGGCAAAAGUCUACUCCGAAGUCGAAAAUCCAGA